GACUUACAGCUGUGCUGUCUUUUAGUUGUACUUUCUACAUUCUCUACGUUCCAUUCCACAGACACUUUCAUUCUAAACCACCUCUACGGUCCCUAUUUCCUCCUACAGUCAAAAUGCAGUUCAAGCUCGCCUUCGUCUUCACUCUCCUUACCUCCGUCCUCGCUGCGCCCUGCGAGGUUGACACCCGCAACUUAAGCAAGCGGGCCCUUUCUGCCCAAAGCUACUCCCAGUUUCAAGUCUCCAGCGGCGUUGGCGGUAACGCCCUGGCGGAAGUUCAGGCCAAGUUCCCCAUCGACGAAAACAACCUAGCCUCCGUCUCCGCCGCCGACCUGGCCAUCAUCAAAGCCGCGCGCCAGACGGCCGAGAACGCCGAGACCAAGGCGGGCGGCUUCAACGAGGCCAUCAAGGCCGCCGGCGGCACCACGACCACGGCCGGCACGGCGCUCCAGGUCGGCAAGAUCAAGAACAAGGUUCUCAAGCUCAAGCUCUUCACCCUCGCCAUGCAGAUCGAUCAGGCCAAGGGGGGUAAGGACAACUCGGCCAAGAUUGCUGAGGAGACCAAGAAGCUUAACAAGAACAUUGAGCUCGACAAGGCGGCUGCCGGCCAGAAGAGCACUAGCGUUAACUUUCAGGGGACUAGCCAGCCUUAAAUUGGAUGGUUCAUGACUACCUACGAGAGUGGGAC